ACCUGACUCUGCAGUCAUUGUGGAGCUGAUUUCCUAUUGGAUAAUCACACUAUGAGCUAAGAACCAAUCACACGCUGUAUCCAAGAGGAAUGGACACACUUGCAUUAAGUCCAUGUUUUGUAAUGCAUGACUGCUGAGGUUAAAUGCGGUCACUGAUGAUCCAGAGGAAGGACAGGAGUGGAAGAAGAAGGCUGCUUGUCUCCAUGACUACACUACAACAAGCCAGUCAGCUGAGGCAGAGAUUUAGUCAGCCAUGUGUGAUGUGUACAGAGUUUCCUCCUCUGUAAAAGUGCAGCAGAUGGAAGCAGAGCUGUCUCAACAAAUCUCAGCACUCAACGCGGAAAUUGAAGAGAAUGGAUUCCCCCGAGGAGGAGCACACUCCAGGUGUUACAGUUCUGUUCCACCUCAAAAAGAUCUUUCUUUCUUUCGUGCUGAGAGGGAACAAGCACUGAGGAACGGGCUUCAGGUGGCUGAAGCUUUACCCGUUCAGUCUUCGGCCGACCUCAUGCAGAGAGAGCUGGAGAGUUGCCUGAGUUCAGAGUACACUCCUGACAGUCUGCCUCUAUUACUGCACCAGUUCUACACUGACAGAUCAUAUCACCUGGCUCAGAUCAAAUAUCUCCUCAUGCUGAGAUGGAGGAGAUUCUGUCGCCACACCAGCGUCAUUGAGAAGCUUUAUCCUCAUUACAAGGAUCAGAUGUUGUAUUUGACAAAUGAGCACGAGGAUGCAGUUCAGAGAGCUCGCAGACUGUCAACCAGCAGAGAGAAGAUCCUGACCGGCCGUGGAAACACCACCGAACUGCUCACUCAGGACGAUGUGCUCAUUUACCUUCGAUGGCUCGUUUGCCAUCUGCACUGUGUUCAGACCGUUCACAACUUUCUCAGGGUGCUGCACUACAUACCUGCAUGUGAAAGAAAAGAUGAACAACCAGAAGUUUACAAGGAAACUUCACACGAGACUCAACAUUCUGAUGGUAUCUCAAGAUCGGCUGUCCCUCUGUACUCUGCUCAAUUGGAGGAGUUCCAACCUGAGCUGCAGGGUUUGAUGGAUUACUUCGACCUGUCCUACGACACCCAAAAACUCAGGACCACAGCAGAUGAGAUGGAGUUGUUCUGCAUGGUGUGGAGAGAGUUCAGACAGAUUUUCAGACAACAAGAGGAGAUGAAAACGUUUCCUCAGUCUGAUUGUUCGGAGGUCAAACAGAGCCAGUGGGGGAGGAAGAGUGCGUGCCAGGCUCUGAGGAAAGAAGCCAACUGGAUCCCCUUCAUACAGGUGAAGCCCAAACAUGAUCCAUGGCAGCAGAAGCUCAUCACAAAGCUGAAGGAAAAGAAAUCUGUGGACGAGCUGCUGAAGAUGCACAGCAGGUUCCUGCAGGUUCCUGACGUUCUCCACGUGGCUGCAGCUUUAAAAGAACGCGCUGCUAAUGUUGGCGAUACACAACCUGCACUGAGCUCAUCAUCCGCACUCUGCAGUAACACAAAGAGACACAUGAUCUCUGAGAUCUGGACCACUGUUUACAGCGCUGCCGCUCUCACUCAGGGAACUGAUGAUUGGUCGAGCAGAUCUGCAGGCAGAGGAGGUCAGGGUAACAAGAGUCUCAAGAGUCAAAGCUCAAGUGCAACAAAUAAAAGCUACUCUUUGGAGGAUAGCCUGCAGCUCCUGGGUCUGGACGAUUCUUCAGGGGACGGAGCCUCAGAUCCAAUCUUAACCAGUGGAGCUUACCUGUCCCUGGUUUACCUGCGACAUCUCAAACUCAGACGGCUUCAGGUGAGGCAGCACGUUGACACGUAG